AUGCGAGCUUCGGCCUCUAUACUGAGUGCGAAAGCUCUCUUAGUGCUCAGCGCGUUCAGGCACAGUGGCGCACAUGCGGGCCCAAGUGUCAAUGUCGCUCUUCGGGCUUCCUUCAACCCUGCGCCGUAUCUAGUAGAGUUACUUGAAACCGCUGCAGAGGAAAACGCGACAGCCUACUACCCCAUACUCGACCGCAUUUCCGAGGGCUACUUCGACGAAAAGAACACACAGCAGGAGCUGUACACGGCCUUUCGAGACCUCCUCCAGAGCGAUGGACACAUCGCCGACCCCGCAGCUCUUGCCUCAUUCGAAUUCGCCCUGUCAAUCCAGUCGGCUGCGCCACGGAUAGAAGCACACUACCAAUUCUACAAGACUUCGGUGGAGCCAUCGCUGGAAGCCACACAGACCAAGGCUUGCGACAUCUGGACAUCGUUCCACGGGAAGCAAUACUGCGAUGUACAUCUGGAGGAGUCUUUUGGGGGCAUUGAGAGCGAACGGACAUAUCAACUACCCUUCGACCGCAUACUUGGCAACAGCUCGGCUCUGCCUGCCAUCCUAUACGCCGAUAUAACUGCUCCUCGAUUCAAGAAGUGGCACAAGACAUUGAGCAAGACGGCCAAGGAAGGAAAGACGUCGUACCGUGUCCGGCAUAAGCCUUCAUCCAACGCGCCAACAACACCAUUGAUAGUCAACGGAUACGGUGUCGAGUUGCAGCUGAAGCGGACAGACUACAUCGUCAUAGAUGACAGGCAGGCUGAGCAGGGACAGAAGAGUGAUGCUCAGAAGCCGAUAGGCACUGGCUUGGACGACGAUGAAGAUGUCGCGGACCUUAAGCCCUUGUCCAAGGACGAGGUAUCCGAACUAGCAUUGAAAGCUGCCGACUUUGUGGCUCAAAGCGAACAGCCAAUGGACACCCUCAUGAAGCUUGUGCAGGACUUUCCAAAGUACUCAUCCGUUAUUGCAGCUCAUAACGCGUCGGAUGAGUUUGUUGAGGAACACUUGGCGAAUCGCAACCAACUUCUUCCUGCUGGUUACAACGUCAUAUGGAUCAACGGCGUACAGAUCCCGGCUCGCGAUGUGAAUCCGUACUCACUGUUGGCGCAUUUGCGACGCGAGCGGAAGUUGAUCAAUGGAAUACGCAGUCAGGGUUUGAGCGGUUCCGAGGUUGUAUCUUUGCUAUCACAUGCUUCCAUUGCGGAGAGCCAGACGGAAGACGAGCCUCAACGUUAUGACUUCAGGGAUACUAGUGAAGGGGGCAACAUCAUCUUAUGGCUUAACGACAUCGAAAACGACCCCAUGUACGAGGGAUGGCCAAGUGAGCUCAGAGCUCUGCUGCAAAGAACUUAUCCUGGCCAGCUCCCGUCUUGCCGAAGGGACAUUCACAACGCCAUCGUCUCCGUUGACUUUACCUCUACUGAAGAUGUUUCGCUCGCUCUGGAUACUAUAAUGAGUCUGAUCAGGCGUGGUAUCCCCCUACGCUGGGGUCUCGUUCCACAGACUGUCACAUCGGAGGCUAUAGACCAGACUAAGCUAGUCUAUCAUCUGCAGGAUGCAUACGGAUUACCUGCUGUGAUAGAAUACCUACAAGUUUCUGCGGCGAAACCCGACAAAGCUGUCUUUGACACAACGGUCAAAAGAACUACACUUAUCGAAGGGAAGGAAGCGUUGGCAUUCGAUGAUGUACUCAAGUCCGAAGCUCUGGAUCAACGUAUCUCAGGUGCCAAACAGUACCUGAAGCGUCUAGCAGCAGAAGGCCCGAAAGCUCCCAUCUUUGUCAACGGUGUUCCCAUUCCAGCGACCGAUGAAUGGCUCCAAACACUCAGCCAAAGGAUCGGCAUGGAUCUGCGUCAGAUUCAGAAGGGUGUCUUCGACGGCGUCUUCAAUGACGAUAGUUGGGUUCCGCAAUACUUCUUGUUCCAAGCCGCUGCUAAACGCAAUCCCUUGAUCAUCCCAGAGAAUGAGAAGAACAUCACGCUCAUAAACAUGGCGGAGUUUGAAGAGGUACAUGGCGAAGCCUACAGUAAGAUGCCGCGACUUGAUGCGUCAGAGUCUGCUAGCAAGAGUGACUGGAUUCAUGUCACGCUGAUAGCGGACUUCGACUCUGAGGCUGGGUUUGCGCUUCUUAAAGCUCUAGCAGAUUUUCAUGAGGCCAACCCGAAUGUUGAGGCCGUCCUCAUACAUAACGAUAAAGCGGGUGCGGAGCGAUCCAACGCCUCAGAAGAUCUAUUGGAAACAUACAUCAAAUCCGGUCGCAAGCUCACCAACGAAGCCCUGUCUGGACUCCUGGGCAAAGAGGUCAAUUAUGGACCCACUCCCGCCAAUUCAACCUUGUUCUGGAAAGUUGCUGAGCCGAUAUACGACGCUGUCGGUCUGAAGCCAGGACAAAAUGGCUUACUUGUCAAUGGCCGCUAUGUUGGUCCUAUCCCAGAGGACUACACGUUCUCACAGGAUGACAUGGAGACUCUGGUCACCUAUGAGACUACCAAGCGCAUUGAGCCUUUGAACAAGGCGCUUGCUGAUCUUCAACUUAUGGACAAGAUCGCGUCUCCUCUAGAUGUUGCAAAGAUACAAUCGCUUGUUGCGCUGUCCACUGUGUCAGAUGUUCCAGAAGGCAUAUUCGAGACUGCAUCCACUUUGAGGAUGAGCACAUACAACGACUGGAAGUCCAAGUACACCGCUAUUGUCAGGGGUGAGGAAGAUAAAGCUGUUUUCCAGAUUGUGGCUUCCAUCGAUCCGGCUACUGAACAGGCACAAAAGUGGGUACCAAUCCUCAAGGUACUUAGUGACAUGGACGGCGUACACCUUAAACUUUUCUUGAACCCCAAGGGGAUGCUGCAGGAACUUCCUGUCAAGCGUUUCUACAGAUACGUUCUCGAAGCCCGUCCACAGUUCACUCAUGAUGGAUCUGUUGGCCGUCUGGGAGCUCACUUUGGUGGCAUCCCUAAGGAAGCCCUGCUGAACCUUGGCAUGGAUGUGCCACCAUCAUGGCUUGUCGCUCCUGAAGAGUCUAUCCAUGACCUCGACAAUAUCAAGCUUAGCACGAUCCCUGCUGGUACCAACAUCGACGCUAUAUAUGGAUUGGAGAGCAUUCUUAUCGAGGGUCACUCCCGUGACACCACAAAUGGGGGACAGCCACCGCGUGGUGCUGAGGUCGUCCUUGCUACUGAGCGCGACCCUCACUUUGCCGAUACUAUCAUCAUGGCCAACCUAGGCUACUUCCAGUUCAAAGCCAACCCUGGAUUCUACAACAUCAAGCUCAAGAGUGGCCGCUCUCAAGAGGUCUUCAACCUUGACAGUGCAGGUCCGAUCAGCUGGGCUCCUCAGCCUGGUGAUGAGACUACCGAGAUCGCACUUAUGAGCUUCCAGGGCGCAACAAUCUUUCCCCGACUUUCACGCAAACCAGGCCAGGAAGACACUGAUGUACUCGCUCCUGAGGAAUCGCUCGCCUCUGAGCUGGUCGGCAAGAGCGCACAAAAAGUCAACAAGUUUCUCGGCAAGAUGGGUCUCAACUUCGACUCUGAAAAGGUCCUGCAAAAGGGCGCCGACUUGUUCUCUGGAGGCAAGACAGCGAAGAAGGGCACUCAAGCAGACAUUAACAUCUUCUCCGUCGCGUCAGGCCACUUGUACGAGCGCAUGCUCAACAUCAUGAUGGUGUCUGUUAUGAAGCAUACAAACCACACUGUCAAAUUCUGGUUCAUUGAGCAGUUCCUGUCCCCCAGCUUCAAGUCCUUCCUCCCGCACAUCGCUGCUGAGUACGGAUUCGAAUACGAGAUGGUCACAUACAAGUGGCCUCACUGGCUCCGUGGACAAACCGAGAAGCAACGCGAAAUCUGGGGCUAUAAGAUCCUCUUCCUCGAUGUCUUGUUCCCUCUAGAUCUUGAAAAGGUCAUUUUCGUCGAUGCCGACCAGAUUGUAAGGACCGACAUGUUCGAGUUAGUGCAGCACGACCUCGAAGGUGCACCUUACGGCUUCACACCCAUGGGCGACUCACGUACCGAGAUGGAAGGCUUCCGCUUCUGGAAGACAGGCUACUGGGCGAACUUCUUGCGUGGUCGGCCAUAUCACAUCUCCGCACUUUACGUUGUAGAUCUCAACCGCUUCCGUCAGCUGGCCGCCGGUGACAGACUGCGUCAGCAAUACCAUUCCCUCUCCGCCGAUUCUAACUCGCUUUCCAACUUAGACCAGGAUUUGCCAAAUAAUAUGCAGUUCAAUCUGCCCAUUCACAGUUUGCCUCAAGAGUGGCUGUGGUGCGAGACAUGGUGUAGCGACGAAGAUCUUGCCAAAGCAAAGACUAUUGAUCUGUGCAACAACCCACAGACCAAAGAGCCCAAGUUGGAUCGGGCGAGAAGGCAGGUUCCAGAGUGGAACGUGUAUGAUGAGGAGAUUGCAGCGUUGGCAAGGAGGGUUAAGGGAGAAGAGAAAGAAGAGGUGGUGGAUGUGCAAGAGGAAGAGCAGAGGAGGGAGAAGAAGGAGAAGGAUGCUGAGAUUGAGCACAGUGAGUUGUAA